AAAUAGACCAAUAAGUGUAAUUAAAAAAUUUGCUAAUUAAUUAAUAAAUCGCGUGCAAUGUAGUUAAUAUAGAUUUAAGUAACAAAAAUGCCAGCCAACAAACCCAAAGCCCAACCCUGUCAAAUAUGGAUAUUUUCAUUGGAUUAUAUCGAUAUAUCAAAAUAAUCGAUAUAUCUUCGCCAUCUCUACCCCAGUUGACAAUCAGCUGACUGUCAUCGAAAUUAUGGAAAAUCAAAACAAAAAAUGCCGAAACAGAUCAAUAAGUGUAAUUAAAGAAUUCCCUGCCUGUCUCUUUAAUCGCGAGCAGUGUAAAACAUCUGUAAAUAAUGAAAAUGGCUCACUCGAUGCAAGGAAUCUACGCUCCUCUGCCUCAAUCCAUCAGCGACUCCGAUUCGGAAAAGGAAAUCAGCAUGGAACCCCUUUGUACUAGCUACGAGCCGAAAAACAAAUUCGAAAAUAUUUACCGACAAAACGGACACGGCAUGCAUUUAGAAGACGAUAUCGUCAAGAUCAAAAGAGGGGCCAGUAAAAUGUCAGCAGCACGGAAGGUAGCAUUUGGGUGUUCUAUAAUUUUGUGUUUUCUUCCCAUAAUCAUAUUCUUGUGGGUGUUGCCGUGCACGGAGCUUCAUACGUGCCCAGUAAAAAUCUCCAAUUGGGAGUACCAACAGGAAGAGAUUGAAUUGAAGGGACCAAUCAUGCUUGUCGGUGGCUUGUACAAGUCUAACUACAAUUUAGCCAUAAUGUACAAAGGAAGCUUUAAUAGUCCUAAAAGUCUCAAACAUGGCGUUAUAUCUUUCAUGGGAUUAACUGGUAGCGUCGCUUGGGAUCUGCAACAAGUCGUCGAACCUUAUAAAAUAAACUGUCAAAUAAUCGACAGCAAUAUGGACGGCACACUCGACUGUCUUAUAAUUGAUAAAACGGGUUUGAAAGUGAUCGAGACGAUAGCCGGUCAAGCGCUUUGGCAUGCUCAUUCUUCAGAAGAAAAGACGCUGGUGAGGAAUUUAGAUAUGCCCAUCCCUUUACCGGACUUGAAUAAUGAUGGGGUUAUUGAAUUAUUGAGCAUAUAUGAAAAGACAAGUUUCCUUGUUAUAUCUGGCAACACUGGACGAGCCUUGGCCAAAAUUCAAGUGCCGUCUUGCGGCCACAUCAAGGAAAUUCACUUUUCCGCCGAAGACAAUCAGAUUUGCGUCUAUCACUGUAUGAACACGUCCAUUGAGACCUACCAAGUGUCAUUGUCGGAGAUCGAGAAGAGCUUCAGCAACCCCCAGUAUAUUAUCAACGUGACGCCACUGACCGAAGAAAUAACCGAGCACGACUACGUCGCCGGUAAUAGGAGGCUGCGCGUCAAUAACGGUCCUGAUUGUCCUAAAUGUCACUGUGUCAUGACACUUUAUGAUGACAAAAAUCAGGUCCUCAAAACAUGGCCGUUCAACAACGCCUUCAUCAUGAAACCGAAACCGUUUAGCUUCAAGCCGUCUCAAGCGAAGAAGCUUCAACUCAAGGGCCACCUCAGCGGCUUCAUCGUAAAAAUAUGGGAGUGGUCGGAACACUACAGGAAGCUCCGCCCCCUACAGAGGGUCAACAAAAGAAGCGUCCAAUACCACAACGAGACGUUCUUCUCCACCGAGGUAUCGGAAAGAGUCAUACUCAUAACUUCGAACGAGACCGACGUGCAAGUCAUCAACGCGUCCUUUACCGAAAUCAAUCAGAUAUGUAGAACGGACGAGACGAACUGUCAGCCGGACGUCAACAAUCAGGUUGACAGCUUGCUUAUCGCUGACGUAGAGCACGAUUCGAGCACGGAACUGGUCAAUUUUUACAGCAGUUAUGUCAGAAGAGACGAGGAUUGGCAUUUGGUCAGUUUCGUGAAGGUGUUGCGGUUGGAAGAGGAACUACCGAAGUUGUACAGCGCUAAGUAAGUUAAGGUUCUGCAAUUUUCCGCUAUUACUGGGUAAAACUUCUUCUUCUUUCGUGAGAACAUGUUUUAAAAAACGCUGUGUUCAGUAAUUCAAUCAGAUUCAGUCAGAUUGCUCCAAAUUUGAACUGGAUUAUGAGAUUUUUCCGAAUUUGUUAGGUUAUGUUUCAGUUCAUCAGUGUUGAGGUCAUUCAGAUUUAACACAAUGGUUUAAAAUGACUUUUUUGAUGCUAUUGUAAUAGGAUAAUAUCAGCUUAGUAUAAUUUUAUCUUUCUGUACUCAAUACUGUUAAAAUCAACAAAA